AUGAUAUCAAUUCCAGCCGCUCCUGUAUGGCCCAACGGCACAUGGACGCCCCCUUCGACGAUUCGGGAGAGGUGUGCCCUGCGACACGAGCUCAAGCGUGAGAUUGAGCUCCUGCCCAUUGAACACAUGAGGAGCGACACAGCGUAUAAGCUCCGAUUGAAACUUCUCCGUGCGCAGUAUGAAAGCGAUUCAAGGUUGAUUCUGGCCAAGCGCCUUCAGAAGCACUGCCAGUUCUGGUCUAUAGCGGGGAUCUCCACACUUCCCGACGAACUGCUGUGCGAUAUCAUUCUCAUCGCAACGGAACAAAGUGACUUCAUAUCGAAGAUGACACGCGAAUUCGCGCACGUGGCCCCGCUCGUUUGCCGUCGAUGGAGAGACGUGUGUGCGACGAUGCCUCAGCUUUGGUCUACUCUUGUAAUCUCGGACACUCUGCGGCACCCGACUUGCGACUCUGUUGGAACGCAGCGUUGGUCUAAUAUUGUGAAAGAGCUUCCAAGAUUGCUUUUCCGGUGCCAGGGAGCGCCUGUAACGUUCCGAUUUACUACCCGGGACCUGGAUGCGCAAGCGACUAUUCCAACGGUCUUUGCUACCUUACAAACGUCGCUUGCUUCUAUUCGUUCGGUGGACAUCCAAUUAUCAGCACCCUAUGUCCGCGACGUAUCGAAAUGUAUUGCUACCUCACUUCCUGCCCUGGAGUCUCUUUCUAUUCAAAACGCAGGAUAUUUCUAG